AUGCCACACAAGAAAACAUUCACCGAUAUACCACACAAGAAAACAUUCACCGAUAUGCCACACAAGAAAACAUUCACCGAUAUGCCACACAAGAAAACAUUCACCGAUAUGCCACACAAGAAAACAUUCACCGAUAUGCCACACAAGAAAACAUUCACCGAUAUACCACACAAGAAACCAUUCACUGAUAUACCACACAAGAAAACAUUCACCGAUAUACCACACAAGAAAACAUUCACCGAUAUACCACACAAGAAAACAUUCACUGAUAUACCACACAAGAAAACAUUCACUGAUAUACCACACAAGAAACCAUUCACUGAUAUACCACACAAGAAACCAUUCACCGAUAUACCACACAAGAAAACAUUUACUGAUAUACCACAGAAGAAAACAUUCACCGAUAUACCACAGAAGAAAACAUUCACCGAUAUACCACACAAGAAAACAUUCACCGAUAUACCACACAAGAAAACAUUCAUCGAUAUACCACACAAGAAAACAUUCACCGAUAUACCACACAAGAAAACAUUUACCGAUAUACCACACAAGAAAACAUUCACCGAUAUACCACACAAGAAAACAUUUACCGAUAUACCACACAAGAAAACAUUCACCGAUAUACCACACAAGAAAACAUUCACCGAUAUACCACACAAGAAAACAUUCACCGAUAUACCACACAAGAAAACAUUUACUGAUAUACCACACAAGAAAACAUUCACCGAUAUACCACACAAGAAAACAUUCACCGAUAUACCACACAAGAAAACAUUCACCGAUAUACCACACAAGAAAACAUUCAUCGAUAUACCACACAAGAAAACAUUCACCGAUAUACCACACAAGAACAUUCACCGAUAUACCACACAAGAAAACAUUCACCGAUAUACCACACAAGAAAACAUUCAUCGAUAUACCACACAAGAAAACAUUCACCGAUAUACCACACAAGAAAACAUUCACCGAUAUACCACACAAGAAAACAUUCACCGAUAUACCACACAAGAAAACAUUCAUCGAUAUACCACACAAGAAAACAUUCACUGA